UGAAUUUGUGUGCAGAACUGAGAAGUGAUAGAGUAAAAAACGAUUCCUCUUCUUCGAUUGUGGGUGUGGCAAUGCAACUGAAAAAUAUCAAGGAGAUCACAGCGUAUGCAGUCUUCUUUCUGCAACUAAUUAACUGGUCAGUAGCACGUCGAGGCUUUGGCCCAGGCGAACAAGACUGGAACUAUGUUGAAGUGAGAAAGGGCGCCCAUCUCUUCUAUUGGCUCCACUAUACGACAGCGAAUGUGAGUUCAUUUGAAGAGCGACCUCUGGUUAUCUGGUUGCAAGGCGGACCCGGUGUUGCGUCCACUGGUUGCGGCUGCUUCGAGCAGCUGGGACCCUUCGACAUUGAGGGGCAACCACGUGCCAGCAAUUGGGUGCAGCACAUGAAUGUGCUCUUCAUCGACAGUCCUGUUGGCACUGGUUUUAGUUAUGUGGAAUCCUUUGGCGAAUAUGCUCAGAACAAUACGCAAAUCGCCGUCGAUCUUGUCACACUAAUGUCGGAUUUUCUGCGCUCACAUCCGGAAUUCCAAAGCGUUCCAUUGCACAUCUUCUCUGAGAGUUAUGGCGGUAAAAUGGCACCAGAAUUCGCCUUGGAAUUGUAUCGGGCUCAGCAGCGAGGAGAGGUGCAGUGUCAACUCAAGUCUGUGGUGGUGGGCAAUCCCUUUAUUUCGCCCUUAGACACCAUUUUGUCCUAUGGCCCAUAUCUACUGCAAAUGGGAAUUGUGGAUCACGAUGGCUAUAAGAAUUUAUCGAGAGCUACGUCAGAGUUUUCCCGUCUGGUUUCUGCCGGUGAUAUGCGGCAGGCUGUUGACCAGGAUGAACAAAUUCAAAUAUUGAUUAAGGAAAUCACUGAGAAUGUCUUUGUCUAUAACACCCAACGACGCUAUCAUGUGGAUGAUGUCUAUCACUAUGGUGAUAGUCCCAAGUUGAGUGACUUUAUGGUCAACAAUGUGACAAAGGCUCUGAAUCUAACCCAUAUGUCUGAGUGGACGGCAUUCAAUUCUCUUAUCUUUUUUGGGCUAGGCAUCGAUGUCGUUAAGCCUGCCGUUGACAUAGUCACUCGUCUGCUUGACGAGACUCCCAUCCGUGUUGGCGUCUUCUCGGGCAUCCUUGAUAUUAUCUGUGCCACUCCUGGUACAGUCAACUGGAUCGAUCGGAUGUCGUGGCGCAGCAAGCAGUCGUAUGUGGAUGCUACACGCCGACCUAUGCAUAUCGAUGGCUUUCUCGAGGGCUAUGAGAAGCAGGGAGGAAACUUCAGCAUGUUCUGGGUACUUCGAUCAGGACACUCGGUGCAAGUAGAUAAUCCUGCGGCCAUGUCUCACAUUCUGCGUGAGUUCACUAACUAUGGUUGAGGCAGUUUCUUCUCAUAUAAAUAAAUCGCAACUAGUCGAAUCCGGGA